AUGGACGACAUCAACGACUCAGACUUGGAGGCUCAGCGCUUCGCCAACGACGCCGCCAUCGACUCAGACACUGAAUCUGUGCCUGGUCGCCAAUCCAUUCAAGCGUGUGUCAACGACCUUGUAACCAAGCUGGGUUCGGCACAACUAGUCGAGAUGCCUGUUGAGCGACAACCUGAACAAAUGAACGCGCCCCCACCUCUACGACGAUCUGCGAGGCUGCAAAAGAAGGCGUAUAAAACUCAUAGUCAAAGGCAAAAGGAAUUUGGACACAUCCCGGACGUGAAUGUCGGAUCCUGGUGGUCGGACAGAGAGGUGAGUCGCGUGCUUUCGUCCACGGCUACGCGCCAAUUUUCAUGCUGCUGCCUAGUGAGACUGAUCAACGAAUUGACCCGCCUCAUCUAGGGAUGCUCUGAAGCUGCGGUGCACGCUCCUACUGACAAUGUGAUCUCUGGUGAUCCCCACCAAGGCUGCUGGUCAUUGCUUCUCCCAACUGGACGUGAAGGCGAGGUGGACGAAGGCGAGACUCUCAUCAUCGUCGGCAGCGACUUGAUCAAACCUACUCCAAAAAAGACUCACAACCAAUCUCUCAGCCACGGUCCAAAUGCGACUCUUCUGAUGAACCUUUACACAGACCAACCGAUCCGCGUGGUUCGCGGCUACCAAGCACAGAAUUGUUUUGCGCCUCUCGAAGGCUACUCAUACUCUGGACUGUACGAAAUCACGGAGUGCUCGUUGAAGCGCGGACCGGCCGGCGCGGUCGUCUGUUAUUUCUUUCUCACACGAUGCGAGGAUCAGCCUCCUUUGCCGUUCUAUGACCAGGACGCGGCGCCGUACCCAAGCUUGAGCCCUCUCUCAACAGAGCAUGCGGCUGAUGCUGACGACGAAGAAGACGACGACGACGACAAGUCGAUCCACUCAGGCCCUGUUCGAAGCCCAAACCCCAUCUACGUCGCCAAUCCCCCCCUGCCAUGGAACGGUCAUGCAGGCGCUCCACGCAACACUGGGCCGGGACUCGAACCACUUCCCGACUCCACUCUCGAUCUCCCACCUCACACCGAUAGAGGCCAUGACGACGAUGCAGAUGCGGCGACCGUUUCUCAGCUUCUUGGGGACGAAACAUCGCUUCGCGACCUCGACAAUUCUAGCGCCGCAGUCUCAUUCACUCCAGAGCGCGCAGCGCAUGAGGCACCACAGCCAAUCAUCGGCGACGACGACAUGAAAGUUGACGAUGAGGUCGAGCUGAUUUCCGUCUACCGGCCGGAGUUCGACUCGGCCAGCGGUCGUAACCGUCGAAAUCGUCGCGAGCGUCGCGACCGUCGUAACCAACGCUCGAUCGGCGCAGCAAUCCAAACUUCGGAAGCACCGCCAUCCACCGGCGACCAAGAUGGCGGUGACAUCGAGAUCACCAUGCAGCGGCUCUUGGGUCAACCUCGCCUUAGCCUAUGGAACGGAAACGGACCAAUCCCCAUCCCAAGCAUCCAAGAGCUAGGCGACGCGGAUGCCUACGCAUCUCAGCGCGCACGUCGCCGACGUCGAAGGGAGGGAAGCCCCGAGAUAUUUCUACGCAAUCUUUCCAUCUACUCCUACGACGACCCAUUUGCGCGUCUCCCGACUCCGUCUCCCGGCUGGGACUCGGCUGUCGAGAUGACCUCAUAA